GGGGAAUCAGAGACUGUACCAGAAGAACCUGAAGCUGAGUCCUGCUGACAUGUACCGCUGGAAACUGUCCUCUCAGGAGCCCUGCAGCAUGACCUGCUCUAUAGGAGUUUCCAAGUCCUUUGUCACGUGUAUCCGUUAUGACGGCAUCGAGGUGCACGAUAUGUACUGCGACGCUCUGACCAGACCGGAGCCGGUCCACGACUUCUGUAUCGGCAGAGAAUGUCAACCCAGGUGGGAGGCGAGCAGCUGGAGCGAGUGCUCCAGGACCUGCGGUGAGGGGUUCCAGUUCAGACAGGUCCGCUGUUGGAAGAUGCUGUCACCGGGCCUGGACAGCUCGGUCUACAGUGACCUCUGCACCAUGACCGACCUGGAGAGACCGGUGGAGAGACGGCCCUGCAAGAGCCCCGCUUGUGGCCCGCAGUGGGAGGUGGCGGAGUGGACGGAGUGUCCUGCUAAAUGUGGCCGUAAAGCCCAGGUGACCCGGGAUGUCCGCUGCUCUGAUGAAAGCAGACCGUGUGACCCGAUGACCAAACCCCCCAACAUCAAGAACUGCACCGGUCCGCCCUGCGAACGCCACUGGACCGUGUCCGAGUGGGGACCUUGCUCGGGGUCCUGCGGUCAGGCCAAGAUGGUGCGCCAUGUGUACUGUAAGGCUCCGGAGGGCCGCGUGGUCCCUGAGAACCAGUGCUCAGCGGAGAACAAGCCGCUCGCCAUCCACCCGUGUGGGGAGAGGAACUGUGCUCCACACUGGCUGAGCCAAGACUGGGAGAGGUGUAACACGACCUGUGGGCGAGGCGUGAAGCGAAGGAUCGUCCUGUGUGCCGGCAUCAGCGCGGGAAAGUUUCAGAGCUUUGACGACGAGGCGUGUGGAGUCGCCGAGAAACCUGAAGAGGAGAACACGUGCUUCGAGAGGCCGUGCUUCAAGUGGUACACCACGCCCUGGUCUGAGUGCACUAAGACGUGUGGAGUUGGCGUGAGGAUGAGGGACGUGAAGUGUUAUCAGGGCCGGGAGCUGGUCCGAGGCUGCGACCCCCUCACCAAACCUGUGUCCAAACAGACCUGCACCCUGCAGCCCUGCCCCACGGAGCCGCCAGAUGAGAGCUGUCAGGAUCGUCCCUCCACAAACUGCCUGCUGGCGCUGAAGGUGAACCUGUGCAGCCACUGGUACUACAGCAAGGCCUGUUGCCACUCCUGCCGCGCUGUACGACCUCCAACCUCCUAGUCCAGGUCAGCGCCGCCUCUCUCCACGCCUCCACUCGGACUCCAGCAGGAGGAGAGAAACGUUUACAAAGCAGCAGUACUGUCGCUUACUGCGGACAGCGAGAGGAGGAUGAAAGUCACAGUUUGAGCCUGUUUUUUGGUUUUUUUUCAGAGAAGAGCGUCCUUUGAGCACUCGGACUUAAUGGAACCAUGAUUUAUCUGGAUGAUUUGAAACAAAACCCGGUCAUCACUUCGUUUAGUGCAACUUCAACUGCCAUGUGCACAUGUCACACAGAAAUACUGACCGCCUCUGGCUGCCAUUUUUUCCACCUGUCUUAUUUGGUUCUGGUCCCGGAUUUGUUGGAAACAUUUUGAGAAAACUG